AUGGCAUCAGAAAUCACCUACGCUGAGCUGAAAUUCAAGAAUGCAUCACCAGCUCCAGUGGUCGAAGUACCUCCUGAGACCAAGAAGCAUGAGCACCAUCCCCAGAAAUACCCACCUUGGCUCCCGUGGCUGAUCUCACUGCUGCUUCUCUUGGUGUGCAUUGCCCUUGUUGUUGUUCUCCUUGGUGAGUACGUGCAGGUUGUUGUUUCCCGCUCCCAUAGCAGUACCCAGCCCACAGUACUGCAGCAGAAAUUCACAGAGUGGCAGUGCAUCUUGGCAGUGUCGCAAGGCAAAGAGCAAGGCUGGACAUGCUGCCCAAAGGGCUGGAAACGCUUUCAAGAAAGCUGCUAUUACCUGUCAGAAGAUAUGAUGCGCUGGGCUGAGAGUGUGCAGAACUGCACUGGGAUGGGCUCCCACCUGGUGGUGAUUAACAGCGAAGCAGAGCAGGCUUUCCUCACCAAAGAGCUACCACAGUCUCCAACAAGAGCAAAUUACUACAUUGGUCUGCAUGCGCAGGAGGUGGGCAAGUGGCGCUGGGUGGACCAGACUCCAUUUAAUGAAGAGGGAGCGUUCUGGAGGCAAGAUGAACCAAGUAAUGUGGCAGUUGAGAUGUGCGUUGUUAUCCAUACGAUUUCAGAAAUACGCAACUGGAAUGAUGUUCGAU